CAUCGUCUGUUUAAUGCCAUUCAGCUUAAUGUGACAAUAUUAUCUGUCUAAAUGUCAUUUGCUGCUUGUCACUUAACAAUCUGACAGUACUUGGAAGACUUAUGCUGCUUGGUUAACCGGUUAGUUCAAUCAUGUUGUACUUGCUGGAAUGAAAGUAACUGUUUUGUUGUGUGUCAGUGAUUUGUAAGCUUUUAAUUCCUUUAAGCCUGCUGCCUUUUUGCCCGCCGUCCUGACUAGAUGACAGGAGAUCCAUAAAGCCUUUGUCAACUGAUUUAAUGGGGUCUGACUUUUAGACGGUCAGUUUGUUGUUGUGUGUCAGGAGGCUUAUUGCGUCAUUGUGAUGGCAUCACCCUCGCCGGGGACACCCCCUCUCUUUCAGCUGACCGCACCGAGUGACAGGAAGUCUUGUAAAGGCUCGUACCUGCGAACGGAUCAUAAUGGAGGAAGAAACCCUGCUGCGAGCGAGACUGCAGGCUAUAACAGACAAAAGAAGAAUUCGAGAGGGGAUAGAAAAGAAACGAAGAAACAUUGAAGAAGAGAAAUUAAAGCUACAAUAUCUAAAGAAAAAAACUGUACGGGAACAAUGGCUGAUGGAAGGAUUGAGCACCCUGAGCGAAGAGGAGCAGGAAUCUGUGAAGGCCCAGACUGAAGAUAACCAGCAGCAGGCUAAACUCCUGCAGAGCAAUAUCGACAGAAUAGAGCAGGAAAUUGCGGUUCUUGAGACACAAGAGCUGGAGCUUUCUGCAAAAGAGGAAAUUCUUCUGAAACAACUGAAGGAGGUGGAGAAAACUCCAGAGGACAUUAUAAAGGGAGCUACGACUGAGCCUGAAGAGGUGGAUAGACUGGAAGAGAUUGCAGGUUGUUCUCAUCCUGAGAGUCCAGAGCAUACAGAGCUGAAGUCCCCGUCUGAGCCUGUAACCAUGGAGACAAGUGAAAACUCCAGCACAGCAAACAUAAUUGACUGUGAAAUGGAAGUCCUGGAGACUGAGUUACCUGAGAGCAAGGACACAGGAAACAACGAUGAACAAGUCUGUUAUGAUGCUGACAUUUUAGAGUCCAUUAGUGCAAAAGUUGUGGCUGACAUUUUAGCAGGCUUACCUCCUACGGAGACCAAGGCUGAUGAUCUGGAAGAUGUUUGCAGUGCGAAAGAGGCGCUUGUCUUGGAGGAUACUCAAGAAGAACUUUAUCGCAAUGAGUCAAUUACCUCUUCAAUAUCUGACACUCCGUCAAGUGCUGAGAGCGUGUAUGAGAAUGAUGUCACGCAUAAGAGAAAAGAUUCUCUAAGACAGGAACCAAUGGAGAACAUAGCGGAGAACAUAGCACCCCAACCAGAUGAUGUUGACGAUGGAGAUAUGUUAGACCAAUUGGGUAUUGACUCACAGGAAGCCAUCUUAGAAAGUUUUGGAUGUGAAGAUCCAGAAGAAACCAUCCUUGAGCACUACAUCCGAGAGGAAGUUCUGUCAGACGUCUCCACAGAGUCUUGCCAUGACCCAGAUGAGCUAGAAGAGUGUCUUCGGGUCGAAAUAGCUGCGGUGUCAUCAGACAGCGACACCGAUGAUAAAUGGAGGAACAUCUUCUCUUCCUCCAUAAAUAAGGAAGAUGAUGAUUCCUACAUUGACAGUCUUGAGCUGAGUGCACAAGAACUCUUUAUUCAAAAACCUACAGUUGGGAAUACUGAGGACAUUUCAAAGGAAACUGAAGAGCUGGAGAUUCCGGUGGGAGAAGAAGUGCUAGAACAACCAGAAAAUGAGCCAGUUCAGCAAGCGCAAGAGAUAUCUUACAAUCCUUCCACACUGUUCCAUGGCUUGUCCAAGAUUUCCGAAGACGAUGAGGAGCUUGGACGAGGUUCAGCAACCCACAAGAGCAAUUCAUUUGAUUCCGUCAAAUCCGAUUCCAGCAAAAAGGUGCCGAAAGAUUAUUGUGUGAUUCAGGAAAUGAAAAGCGAGAAUGUCAGCACAGAACAUGUGGAUUUCAAAGUUGCUCGCCAGCAGUGGCUAGAGAUCGAAGAGCAAACAAAAAACUUGGCACACCAUCCAAGCACACCAACAACUCGAUCUGGCACCUGCCAAGGUAGUCACAGUUCCAUGUAUACACCUGUCCGCAACAUCGAAAGGCCGAAGAGGGAUCUUGAGAGCUUGUCGCUUGUAGAGGAUUACGCACACACCCAGUUCAGCCCUUGCUCUGAGGAUUCAGGUCUGGACGACUCUAGCUACAGAUCACCAUUUGAUGAUCCAGAGACCCCAACUGAGAAGGAGAUUCGCCUAACCUUGGAUCGUGAGGAGAACCUAAGGCGUGAGAAGGGAAUGUCAAAAUCAUCCUCCAGUGACUGUGUACAGAUAAGGGCGAGAUCUGCCAACUUGAACCCUGGAAAACUAUGCCAAGAAGUCGAUGAGAAAAGGAAGAUGUUGGAAGACCAGGAUGAUGAUGAUGGAAGUAUAUCCAAAUCUCUCAGCAUCAAGACGCCUUCUUUCAUCAUUACCUCCUCACCAACCAAGAGCGCACAAAAACAAGACAUGGCCGCCAAUAAUGUUAUCAUCCUCGAGCCAGAGCCUUUCCCUCCAAGUCCAAGGCAUGGAAAGAUGGUGUCCUCCAAAUCUGCUGACUGGAGACCUGAAGAUAUCCCUAAUGUCAUCAUUUUGGAGACAUCGAACCUCAUUAUUCGAAGUGCAUCUGAGUUCAACUUGAAUUCUGCCUCUGAGGAAACUCCACAGAAGAUGUUCCUCAACAACCCGUUUUUUAAGCUGCGGUCCAGGAGUACGAUAUCUCUAGUUGAUGAGGAGAUUAUGAUGGUGAAGCAGCGAGAAGAGGAACUCAGGCGUCAAAGAGCCAAUGUUUACUCGAAGGAUCACUUCCUGAUGUCUCCAAACCGUUUGGACAGCUCAUCGUUUACAGAUGAUGUGCCAAUUAAAUGUAAAUCAUCCCCUUCAUCUCCAAUGAAAACAUGCAGAAUGGAUCGUUCAGCUUUGUCAUGUGAUCAUCGAUUUCCUGAACCCUACAAUGGAGGCCGACGUAAAAGUGCCAUGGCUCUGCGCUGGGAGGCAGGGGAGUUUGCGAGCAAUGAGUAGAAAUGGACACUGACGUCAAUUUGCAGCUGUUUUACGUAAGAGAAUUUUCAAUGCUCAAACUAGUCUGUUUAUUGUGACAGCAUAUACACCUGCUACUGCUGCUUGUGUGACUUUGUUAAUGAUCCAGAAAAAAUCUGCAUAUGCCGAGAUGCCUAAAUGUUAUUUGAAUGUACUGUUUCAUGCAUAUUUGUGAUUCCUCUUUAAUGUGGUAUCUGGAGAGACUUAUAAACCAUAUUUUUAGUGUUUUGUCUACGAAGUUGAGGAGAAUAUGUAUUGUAUAUUCAUAUUGUAUUUUCUUGUAAGGCAAUGUUUGUAUAUCCCUAAAUUAUAUGAAAAUAUGAAGCAGUUUU